AUAGAGGGGGGGAGGGGUCUCAUUCUUGCUCAGACUGGUUUCAAACUCCUGGCCUCAAGCAAUUCUCCUGCCUGCGUCCUCCAAAGUACUAGGGUAACAGGUGUGAGCCACCACAGCCAGAUAGUAUACAAAAUUUAAAUUUGACAUCAUGUUCUGUGUUAGUAAUUUUUUCUUGCUGUUAUAGUUGGAGAAAUGCCAGAUUCAUGCAAUUGAGGAGGUAGGAUUCAAAAUUUCAAGGACAGAGUUCACACCAGAUGGUCCAAAUGGUCCAGAAUUUUUCCUGGGAAAGACAGAGCUAAUACAGAGGAGAGAGGACUCUAGGGGAAGAACCUCUAGGGAGACCCCUGGCUGGUGCACACUCAGGUCAUAUUUCCCAUCCCUUUCCUGCUGGGGAAGGUGGACAGAGAGAGGAAGUGCUAUAGAAGAAGUGUUUGGGGUCAAGAAUAGGCCAAAACCUGAGAUAGCAUAGGAGGUAGCAUUUGCUGGGCCCCAGUUCCUGAGCUGGCCUCCAGUCUCCUCGUGGUAAGGGCUUUUCUCAGAUUCCUGCUGAAAGGGAGACCUUUUAGUCCUUGAAGAAUGAGUCUCAUUUCUGACUUAUUCAGUGACGGCAGAACUCCAGGAUUUGUCUAGGGCUCUCAGUCCUUCCUUUCUCAGCUCCUUUUUCUUUAUAGCCUCAGUGUCCAACCUGUGCUAGAGGCCUCUCUGCCUGACUCUUCCCUCCCUGAAGAAAACUGAUACUUGCACAUUCUUUGAAGUUAGGGCCAGGAUAAGUUCCUCUUCCCAGAAAUAUCUGAAUAGUAAAGAAGGGCUUUGGGGAGAACAAUGUGAUUAACACAAAGGAAUAGAUCAGUAAGUGGAAUAAUGGAAUAGCUACAUUUUUCUGACGGGCAUGUUGGCCUCACAGCAUGGCCCCUGAGAGCUACUCCUUUUCCCAUGGCCUGCCGCCUUUGCUUGGAAGCCAGGUUUCCUAAACAGAGAGAAAAGCUAGAGGCAAUGAGAUAUAGAGGGAAGAGGGAUGAAAUAGGUAGCAUUUCAGGGCAAGAGUCCCCAUUCCACUAUUUCAGAGCUGGAUGACUUUGGGUAACAACUUCUCUGAGCCUCAGAUUCUUCAGUUGAAGAGGAAUCACUUCCCAGGCCUUGCCUGCUUCUGGCACUGGUGUGAGGAUUAACAAGACACUCUAUAUGAAAGAGUUUCGUCAACUCUAAAUGUUCUUGAUUUAAGGGACUAAGAAGGUCUCUGGGCAUUCAGCUUUUUGCGUACCCAGACACCCUGCAGGAACCCAGGAGAGGUACAGUUCAAGAUGUUGGAGAUGCAGCCCAACUUUUUGAGAAACUGAAAAGAGCAAUAGAGGACAUACUGUUGUGCGCUGAACAGAAGUAUUUUCCGUAGCAUUCCGGGUCCCUCAAAUCAUAGCCUACCCCUUCACCCUCCGUUGUGGGAGUGGGGAUAGCUAUGACCAAGACUUGGCGGGAAACACGGCUUCAAGUUACUGCUUUGGAAGACCCUGCAAGCGGAUCGGGUCUGGGGAGGAAAGACUCGGCGUUCACGUGGUGCUCUGUGCCCUUAAAGCGGCGGCUCGGUGGCAGGUCGGGGAACCAUUCCCUCCAAACGGAAGCAGCCUUCGAUCUGCAGGAUUUCAGAGACACGGUGGAUGAUCUCAUUGCAGACUCGUCUUCUUUGAUGUCACCUCCUCUUGUCAGCGGAGACUUCCCCUUUUCUCCUUGCGAUGUAUCACCAUUCGGGCCCUGCCUCACCCCGCCGCUGGACCCAGGAGCCCUGCAGUCACCGUCGCUACGCCGCCCUCCAGACGUGCCCCCGCCUGAGCAGUAUUGGAAGGAGGUGGCCGACCAGAACCAGAGGGCGCUGGGGGACGCGCUCGUUGAGAAUAACCAACUGCACGUAACGCUAACCCAGAAACAAGAGGAGAUCGCCUCCCUCAAGGAGCGGAACGUGCAGCUGAAGGAACUCGCCAGCCGGACCCGGCACCUGGCCUCCGUGCUGGAUAAGCUGAUGAUCUCACAGUCCCGGGACUGCGGGGUGGCGGCCGAGCCCUUCCUGCUCAAGGCGACAGCCAAAAGGAGCCUGGAGGAGCUAUUCAGUGCUGCAGGGCAGGAUUGCGAGGAAGUGGAUGCCAUCCUGAGGGAGAUUUCCGAGCGCUGCGACGAAGCCCUGCAGAGCCGCAAUCCCAAACGGCCCCGACUGCAGCCAGGGUCUGCGAACACCGACACCAGGCCCGGGAAUCUGCAAGGUGCCUUCCGGGGGCUGCGCACCGACUGCAGCCCGAGCGCACUGCACCUGAGCCACAGCGAGCUGGAGGAGGGCGGCUCCUUCAGCACUCCCAUCCGCAGUCACAGCACUAUCCGCACCCUCGCCUUCCCUCAGGGCAAUGCCUUCACCAUCCGCACAGCCAACGGGGGUUACAAAUUCCGAUGGGUCCCCAGUUAAGCUGAAAUGUGGCCUCCCCAAAACACUGCCCUGUAUUUCAAUUGAAGUGCCUGGAGGCUGAGCGGGAAUAGCUGGAACUGUUUCUCGAAUCUGGCUUCCCAGAAGAACACUCCCUGCAGUGCGAAUGCUACCCUGAAACUUACUUUUUCAGGAACAAAAAAGUAUUGAUCACUGGUGCACUAUAAAGUUCUGCUACAAAACAUUGUAUUAGCUAUUCCCCUUUUCACAGCGAAACUGUGUGUAUGUAUGUGUGUACCUACACGUGUGUGCAUACACAUACAUCAGUCAAUUAAAAAUAUUUUUAUUUA